AUGAACAGAGCCUGGGGACAUGACCAGGGAACUGCUACCCUUAAAACACCUACCUCUCUGCUUCUUCACCCUGAUGGUAGCUUUGAUUCAUUCGGAUACGAAGCGGAAGAAAAGUACGCCAACUUCUUUAAUGGUGAAGAUCGAGAUUAUCUUUACUUCAAACAUUUCAAAAUGGCACUACACAAGUCAGAGGUACAGUUCAUUCAUUCGUCUUUUUUUUUCUUCCUUUUUUUUUUUUUGCCACGCCUGAAGCGAAACUUCCAUAGACGGACUGUCUAUCACUAACUCUAAUCUUGAAAUCAACUCGAAACACCUAUAAAACUAAUUCAUAACGAAUAGUCAUAGGAGGAAGUAAAAGGUUAAAUUACUGCUGAUUGUCUCGACAAACACCGUAAAAAGAACAAGCAUGGGAGUAUGCGGUUGCUGAAGAGGAGCCGAGAGAAAAAAUUGAAAGCAAUAACUGAAAACAAUAGCACUUCAUUGCAAAAUGGUCAUAACAAACCAAGUUAACAGUGCUCUUGAUUUCAUCAGAUCUGUAAUCUUUACAUAACAUCUACAUCUAAGUUUGAUAAGAAAAAACAGAUCACGAGAUUUUUUAAUUCAUAUUAAAUGAUAAUUGCAUGAAAAACUAAAAGGGUCUCUCAGGGUCCUCAAAACUAAACUAGAUAGUACGCAUCGUUUUGGGUUUUGUAUAAGUUCUCCGCUGAAGUUAAUUCGCAUCAAAAGUAUUAGACAUAAUCUUUGUAAAUUUGUCUUCUCCUAUUACAGACAUUAGACAGAAAUACAAAGCUGACAGCUCGAAAUGGAAAAAAAAUUGAUGCUUUGGUUGUUUUUGCCCACUCAUUGAGGUAUCUCAAAGAUCGAGCUAUCGAAAUCAUUCGCGAGAGAACUGGAGACGAAAAGUAUAAUGAAAAGGACAUUCGGUGGGUCAUAACAGUGCCUGCCAUUUGGAGACCCGCUGCCAAGCAAUUCAUGAGAGAAGCUGCAUGUAAGGUAAUUGUAGAGAAGUUAAAUUUGUUUGUCCCCCCCCACGCCCUUACGAUGAGUUAAGAGGUGAAAAUGAAAUAAGGAAAGGAAAUACAGGAGGAGCUAGAAUACAGGUCACUCUGAUGUUGUCAGUUACUAAACAUGAAUGAGUUAUCACAAAUGUGAAAGUUUUGUUUUUUCCUCGCAAAAAGCGAGAAAUUUAAGUUUGAGAUUAAUCAAUGUUGUUUAAACGAAACGUUUUUGUCUUCAAUAACUGACUUUUUUUGCUUCUACUUUGGAAGGCGGAGAUGGUAUCAAAUAAGAACCCUGAACAGCUGCUUAUUGCCUUGGAACCAGAAGCAGCCUCUAUACACUGCAGAGAAAUGAAGAUGAGAGAAUUCGCCAAUGAGAAAGGAGAUGCCACUGUGUCUGACGUCUUUGCUCGACCUGGGUCAAAAUACCUUGUUAUUGAUAUCGGAGGUAAGACUGAACUUUUAGAAAAAUGGACCGUUUUGACCAUGUCACGCUACAAAGUAUCAAAACCUUUUCUUAUUUUUUAAUUUGGAAAUAGUAAUGUCUCCUCUAAAUCAUUUAAAAGCUUCCAUGUGUUUGUGAAGACGCAAGGUUUUUUUUUAAUAUGAGGCAAAUUUGUAAUGGUAAUUGAACUAAGUGGAGUGGUGGGACAUCGUCGUAACUCGUUUGAUACUGACCAAAGCAAAUAGGCUAAUAGCUUGUGAUGAUAACCUUUCUCAAACGGAGUCAAAUAAAAACGACGCUGAAAUUUCAAAAAAUUUGAAAAAUUCGUCGGCUAGGAACGGAUCAUUUUAUAGUCAAUAAUCUAGAAGGCUGUUGAAUUCGCAGGUAAGCGACAAUGUUAAUUAUACAAGGUUUUAACUAUCAAAAAUAGAAACAAGCAAGCAGCCAUGGACAGUUGUUUUAGCUUUAAUGGGCUUCAUUAGCUUCAAGCUUUAUCAGCACAAAUAUACUAAAUGUGAUCGAUCGAACUCGUAAUGCGUUUUAUGUUUGACUCGUGCAAUAUGAAUGCAGGGGCUGAAGCUGUAAAUUAAUUGGUGUUACAUCUGUUACUCCUUGAUAAAGGCGGGACUCUUGACGUCACAGCUCAUGAAAUCUUAAUGAAUGGAAACAUUAAAGAAAUCUAUCAGGUGACAGGAGGACCUUAUGGUGGAACCAAAGUUGACGAGGAGUUCAUGUCCCUACUUGAGAGGUUUUUUGGAACUUAUCAGGUGAAAAGCUUCCGUGAAAACCACCCAGCAGAAUGGCUGGAGAUGAUGAAUGAAUUUGAGAUGAAGAAGCGAGGGCGCCGAGCUUACGAGGGUGAAACAACCAGAAUUCGCCUUCCUCGUACCUUUACUGCACUGGUUUCAGAGCAAGGUGGGCCUGAUCUGGCGAGACGAUUUGCAAGUUCUUGUACAACUGAUGAUGUCCAAUUCGUCAGAAAUGAAUACUUCUGUAUAGGACCAGCGACCAUGAAAAAAUUGUUUGAACCGGUUCUGAAAGGAAUAGUGAAGCACCUGAACAAUCUUCUUAAGCAUCGUGAGCUCCGUGGGCUGCAAUUUUUCUUUCUUGUUGGAGGUUUCGCCGAGUCAGCGAUACUUCAGGAUGCAAUAAAGAAAAACUUUCAGCGGAGGUAA